CAGCUGAGGGCACCCGGUGCACGGACCCGCCUGCAGGCAAGCCCGCCAUGGCACCCAAGCGCAAGGGCGGCCUGAAGCUGAACGCCAUCUGCGCCAAGCUGAGCCGCCAGGUGGUGGUGGAGAAGCGAGCUGACGCCGGCUCCCACGCGGAGGGCAGCCCAUCGCGGCCCCGGGACCCAGAGCGCAGUGGCCCUGAGUCUGGGGCAGCCCGGGCCCCCCGCAGCGAAGAAGACAAGAGACGGGCGGUGAUCGAGAAGUGGGUGAACGGGGAGUACAGCGAGGAGCCGGCGCCCACACCCGUGUUGGGGCGAAUUGCCCGCGAGGGUCUGGAGCUACCGCCCGAGGGUGUCUACAUGGUGCAGCCCCAGGGGUGCAGCGAUGAGGAAGACCACGGGGAGGAGCCCUCCAAGGACAGCGGUGCCCUGGAGGAGAAGGAUUCGGACGGGGCAGCCACCAAGGAGGACAGCGGCCCCAGUGCCAAGCAGCCUUCAGGAGAGGCCUCCUCGCUGCGGGACUAUGCGGCCUCCACCAUGACGGAGUUCCUUGGCAUGUUUGGCUACGACGACCAGAACACGCGGGACGAGCUGGCCAGGAAGAUCAGCUUUGAGAAGCUGCACGCGGGCUCCACCCCAGAGGCGGCCACCUCCUCCAUGCUGCCCACCUCCGAGGAUACCCUCAGCAAGCGGGCACGGUUCUCUAAGUACGAGGAGUACAUCCGCAAGCUCAAGGCUGGCGAGCAGCUCUCCUGGCCGGCCCCCGGCGCCAAGACUGAGGAGCGGGUGGGCAAGGAGGUGGUGGGCCCCCUUCCCGGCCUGCGGCUGCCCAGCAGCACGGCCCACCUGGAGACCAAGGCCACCAUCCUGCCCCUGCCGUCGCACAGCAGUGUCCAGAUGCAGAACCUGGUGGCCCGGGCCUCCAAGUAUGACUUCUUCAUCCAAAAACUGAAGACCGGCGAGAACCUGCGGCCCCAGAACGGGAGCACCUACAAGAAGCCAUCCAAGUACGACCUGGAGAAUGUCAAGUACCUGCACCUCUUCAAACCUGGGGAGGGCAGCCCCGACAUGGGCGGGGCCAUCGCCUUCAAGACGGGCAAGGUGGGGCGCCCCUCCAAGUAUGACGUCCGGGGCAUCCAGAAGCCAGGCCCCGCCAAGGUUCCGCCCACCCCCAGCCUGGCUCCCGCACCCCUUGCCAGCAUGCCCAGUGCUCCCAGCGCCCCUGGGCCAGGGCCGGAGCCGCCUGCCUCCCUGUCCUUCAACACUCCCGAGUACCUGAAGUCAACCUUCUCCAAAACAGACUCCAUCACCACGGGGACCGUCUCCACUGUCAAGAAUGGACUGCCCACAGAUAAACCAGCCGUCACUGAAGAUGUAAACAUUUACCAGAAAUAUAUUGCCAGGUUCUCGGGCAGCCAGCACUGUGGCCACAUCCACUGUGCCUACCAGUACCGCGAGCACUACCACUGCCUUGACCCCGAGUGCAACUACCAGAGGUUCACGAGUAAGCAGGACGUGAUCCGUCACUACAACAUGCACAAGAAGCGCGACAACUCCCUGCAGCACGGCUUCAUGCGCUUCAGCCCGCUGGACGACUGCAGCGUCUACUACCAUGGCUGCCACCUCAACGGGAAGAGCACUCACUACCACUGCAUGCAGGUGGGCUGUAACAAGGUGUACACAAGCACGUCUGACGUGAUGACCCAUGAGAACUUCCACAAGAAGAAUACCCAGCUCAUUAACGACGGCUUCCAGCGCUUCCGAGCCACCGAAGACUGCGGCACAGCUGACUGCCAGUUCUACGGACAGAAGACCACGCACUUCCACUGCAGGCGCCCCGGCUGCACAUUCACUUUCAAGAACAAGUGUGACAUUGAGAAGCACAAGAGCUACCACAUCAAGGACGAUGCCUACGCCAAGGACGGCUUCAAGAAGUUCUACAAGUACGAGGAGUGCAAGUACGAGGGCUGCGUGUACAGCAAGGCUACCAACCACUUCCACUGCAUCCGCGCCGGCUGCGGCUUCACCUUCACCUCCACCAGCCAGAUGACCUCUCACAAGCGCAAGCAUGAGCGCCGGCACAUCCGCUCCUCGGGCGCGCUGGGGCUGCCGCCCUCGCUGCUGGGCGCCAAGGACACGGAGCAUGAGGAGUCCAGCAACGACGACCUUGUCGACUUCUCCGCCCUGAGCAGCAAGAACUCCAGCCUGAGCGCCUCCCCUACCAGCCAGCAGUCCUCUGCAUCCCUGGCUGCCGCCACUGCCGCCACCGAGGCUGGGCCCAGCGCCACCAAGCCUCCCAACAGCAAGAUCUCGGGGCUGCUGCCCCAGGGCCUGCCUGGCUCGAUCCCCCUGGCCCUGGCCCUCUCCAACUCGGGCCUGCCCACCCCCACGCCCUACUUCCCCAUUCUGGCUGGCCGUGGGAGCACCUCCCUGCCCGUGGGCACCCCCAGCCUCCUGGGUGCCGUGUCGUCUGGGGCAGCAGCCUCAGCCACCCCUGACACGCCCGCGCUGGUCGCCUCGGGAGCUGGAGACUCAGUCCCCGCAGCUGCCGCCUCUGUCCCAGCGCCGCCCACCUCCAUCAUGGAGAGGAUCUCUGCAAGCAAGGGUCUCAUCUCGCCCAUGAUGGCCAGGCUGGCUGCGGCUGCCCUCAAGCCCUCUGCCACCUUUGACCCAGGAAGCGGGCAGCAGGUCACCCCAGCCAGGUUCCCCCCGGCCCAGGUGAAGCCGGAACCCAGUGAGAGCACCGGCGCCCCAGGCCCCCACGAAGCUUCCCAGGACCGCAGUCUAGACCUGACUGUGAAGGAGCCCAGUAAUGAAUCAAAUGGCCACGCAGUCCCGGCAAAUUCAUCUCUUUUAUCCUCGCUUAUGAAUAAGAUGUCUCAGGGCAACCCUGGCCUGGGCAGCCUGCUGAACAUCAAGGCGGAAGCGGAGGGGAGCCCCGCUGCAGAGCCCUCACCCUUCCUGGGCAAGGCCGUGAAGGCGCUGGUUCAGGAGAAGCUGGCAGAGCCCUGGAAGGUGUACCUGCGCAGGUUUGGUACGAAGGACUUCUGUGAUGGCCAGUGUGACUUCCUCCACAAGGCCCACUUCCACUGCGUGGUGGAGGAAUGCGGCGCGCUCUUCAGCACCUUGGACGGGGCCAUCAAGCACGCAAACUUCCACUUCCGGACAGAGGGAGGAGCAGCAAAAGGAAACGCAGAGGCUGCCUUCCCGGCCUCAGCUGCCGAGACCAAACCUCCCAUGGCCCCCUCAUCCCCUCCGAUCCCUCCUGUCACCACGGCCACGGUGUCCUCUCUGGAGGGGCCCACUCCCAGCCCGGCCUCCGUGCCCUCCACCCCAACCCUCCUCGCCUGGAAGCAGCUGGCUUCCGCCAUACCCCAGAUGCCUCAGAUCCCAGCGUCAGUGCCUCACCUGCCCGCCUCGCCCUUGGCAACGACUUCUCUAGAGAACGCCAAGCCCCAGGUCAAACCCGGAUUCCUCCAGUUCCAGGAGAAGUGAGUCCCUCGAUGAGCCGCGAGUCCCGCGUUCCCCUCGCGUCUCGGGAGUAGGUGCUAGCAAGGGCGCUAGGAGGCCCUGUUCCUCACUGCGGAUGGCGCUGCUGUCCCCAGCUUCUCUGGGGCAUGGCCACCGGGUGAUGUCCUUCUAGCCAAAGAUGCUGCUGCUCCUACCUCACUGCCUGUCCCAGAGCAGGCCGGCCAGCAUGGGCCAAUGGUGGCAGCAGUGGCCGCUGCUCCUGCAGGGCAUGUGGUGAUCCUGCCAGGGCCAGCUGGGGUGGACUGGGCAUGGUGGUCCUCAGAGGACGUCUCCCAGCCUGACAUGGAGGGCUGCGUCUCCCUCCAGGCCUCUGUAUUGGCCUCCUCUGUGGCUCACACCCAUGGCUGAAUCUCUUCAGGGCACGUGAAGUCACGGGUGGGGCACGGGGGGGCCAGGCCCCUCCAGGCUGUCACUGGCCUGCACAGUGGUCUGAGCUCUUGGGUGGAAGGGACCCUCCUCACUGGAUGGUGGUGGCUCCUUGCAGGGAGAACGGUGACUUUGUACUGUCAUGUGUGCGGCUUCCUGUUCUCAAUAAAAGUAAUAAAUUGGAUUAUUUAUAUCGCC